UUCUUUCACCAGAUUCAAAAGAAAAUUGUCCACGGUCUCCACUGUAGUUAUGCACUAGAUCAGGUCCAUUAUUUCAAUUCAUUCUUCUGAUCUUCUCUGUGGCAACAAUAGAUCAAUUGAUGGUAGGUUAGGAUUUCUUUUGGAAAAACGUAUACAGAGAACGAAGAUUAAGUUCUUUUUUGAGUUGGUGGGGAUGGAGAAGAAUGUUUAAGUUGAGGGCUAAUAAUGAACAUUUUUAGAACCAUUUUUUCCAUCCAUCUUUCUGGCGAAAGAAUCUAAUUUAUGGGUUUGUUUUCCUUUUUUUUUUAAAUUUGAUUUCGGCAGCUCUGUGUUGAAUUAGUUGAACCGAAUCGAGUUAGAUAUUUGAUGGAAGGAAUUUGUUGUGCUGGGAAGAAAAGAAUUCAAAGGAGUUCCAUCGAUGAUAAUUUACUUAUUAGCACCGAAGAUGAUGCAUAAGAUGACGGAAUUUCAAUGGAGUAGUCGAGUAGAAGAAGUGAAGUCAUAGAAAUGGGAACAGACGAGAGAAAUACAUAUUUUCACAAUAUUCAAAAAGUCAACGUUGGUCAGGCAAAUGUCAAGGCUUUUCGUAAAAUAAAAUAUGUCAACUCACAUCUUUCUAACCCUAAUGCAUCAACUGCAUCUUCCCAUUUUUUAAAAUAAACAAAGACAUGUCAAAGCUCUGAUAUGCCAAUAAAAUAAACCAACCCCUUUGUGGUGGGGUUGAAAUAUCACUUCCCAUUUUUUAUUUGUUGUUUUGUUUUCUGUAUUUAGGAAAUCUUAUCUAAUUAAACCCUAAUUUUCAUUUCUUUCCUGUUUGCAAUUGGUUAGUUUGGCGAUUCAGUAAUAUCACUUUGAUUAAUUGGAAGAUCGGUUUAGUAAGGAUCAUAAAUGACUGAAAACUAUCACUGGGUUGGUUUUGUUAGUAGAAUUGCUGAAGCUGGUCCUUGUCUUCAAUUGCAAAUCUUGGAUUUCUUUUUCCAUUUUAAAGCUCUGCAUUGGAAGAGCUGGACCAAGUUCAACCAAAUCUCUCCAAUUAUUUGUCUCAGUUUCCUGCAGGAUCAUCAAUCUCGGUUACUCCUGCACCAAUUACCUUUGGAAUUACUGGUAACCGGAAAAUUAGCAUUUUAGUGCAGUUUACUCUUGCUAUUCUACUCUCUGUAGUUUGUUUGGUUUACAAGAAUUUUUGCAUGAUCAAAUUCCUGAUAGGAAUUGCAUGUUUGGCAUUCAGAAGGUAACUAGUGCAGGUGGUUGACAUGGAUGGUUUACUGACAACCUCAAUGGAGCAAAUCUAUUGAUUGAUUUUAUUGGAUUCUGGCAGGACUUAGCGUGUCGGAGAAUUUUGCACAAGAAUCCCUUUUGGGGGAAGGAGAAUAUGGGCGUACGUUCAGAGGUUGCUUAAAGAGCAGUGGACAGAAAUCAUCUUCACUGGAUGUAGCAAUUAGACAAGUUGACGAUGAAACCAUCUGUACCAUUCACGGAUACCAUGACCCGUCAAUGUUUUCGUCAAUUCAUAUGCGUAGCCUUUUGCACCAUCCUAACAUAGUCGAUCUGAUAGGUUACAGCAUCGCUGACAAAGACCAGUUGUUUCUUGUUUAUAACUUCAUGCCAUUGGGAUCCUUAAAGGAUUAUUUGCAUGAUCUUCCGCGCAAUAAGAAGCCUCUGGACUGGAAUACGAGAAUGAAAAUUGCAGCUGGUGCAGCUAAAGGAAUAAAAUACUUGCACGAUAAAUCAACUCCUCCUGUUAUCCUUGGAAACAUUAAACCCUCCAACAUUCUCCUAUGCGCAGAAUAUCUCCCAAAACUGUCAGAUUUCCUGGGGUUCAAGGAGCGCAUUCCAGAACAUGAUGAGUCUAGUCAUACAAGGUAUUUCAGCCGUCAGUGUCAUCGCCAUGCACCUGAAUUUGUUGGAGAUUGUAAGCUCACUCAACAGUCUGACAUCUACAGUUUCAGCUUAGUCUUGCUUGAACUGGUUUCAGGGCGCCUGGCAGAGAUUGAGCCUAGUCUCAUUGGAUGGGCAAAACAUAUACUGGCAGGCGGUAAGGAAUUCACUACGGUUGCAGAUCCACUACUGGAAGGCCUUUAUCCAGAGCAAGGCUUGUACCAAGUUCUUUAUCUUGCAGCUCAGUGUUUACAGCGUAAAGAUGUCAGUCGGCCUCGUAUAGGAUAUGUUGCUAAAGUUCUAUCAAAUUUGGCUGCUGAAAUUUACGACCCAAAUGCUGUCCAAAUUAAUCGAGCAGGCUCAUUGGCAGUUGGCAACAUUGAGAAAGAAAUACUAAUAGAGCAAUGGCGACACGUCUGGUCACUUGUAUGAUAUUUAUAGUGCCAGAUCUUAGAAACUGACAGCCUACAUUAUCGAAUUCUAGAAAUUUUAUUGUGUUUUUUUUUUCAGCUGUAGUAAGAACACAAUUUAGAAUGGGAUAAUGAAGUAGUUUGAUA